UGAGUUUAUUCGCCAGUUAUCUCUACAGCAUUGACGCAAGAUAGCCGUGUGGACGUAUCGGUAAUAAUAACGCUGCACCAGAAUGUAUCGAAUAUUUUCCCUAUUCGCAUUAUUAAUGCUCGUCAGUUGCUGCCAUUGGGAACACAAGAAGCGAAUUUGUCCUUGGAUGAAAACACAUAAAACUAAUUUCAAUAAAGAUAAUCAUCUCGAAUCCGAAACAGAUAUAGAAAGUGUCCAAAAUAAUCUCAUGGACACAGAAAUUAAACUGCAAGAGGUUUGCACCAAAAACAAACACGUUGUUUCAACAGAAAUCUAUGAUGAUGAUACGUACACACUGAAAUAUGAAUUGGAUGAAACACUAAAUUUGAAUGUAACAGUGAAAAUAUUCCAUCGUCUUAUGGAAACCACGGUUAAAAUGGCUAAUUCGAAUGCUUUAGUACUCGAGGACUUGAAGAAAUUGCCUAGUAUGGUGAAACCAGAAAAUGCAACGUGGUUACUGGAGGAUGGUUUGAGGAUACGAAUUCCCUAUAAAGUGCCACUCGGAAUAGAAACAAGUGAAGUUUGUGUCGCUAUUAACACUAAGAUAAUAGACGUUCCUGUUGCAGAUACAAUAGAUAUAAGUAAAUUUGCGGUUUAAAGAAAACAAUACUGCACCCCUGUAUAAAAUCUCACAUCGCAAAAUUUCUAAGAAGAUGGCUGAUGGUAUAAUUAAACGUUUGUGCUAAUUUAAAAUUGAACAAUAAAAUAAAAACAAAAAAAAACUUGGACCAAUACUUUUUUAACAAAGUAAAAAAAUACAACUUUAAAAUGAUAUUUAUCAGGAUAUUGGGAAUGACACUAUGGACAAUUUAUUGUAAGACAAGUUUUACAUUAUUAUUAACAAAUCAGGGAACAGAAAAGACUAGGUUUAAGGGUUUAAACAGUUUUGAAGUAGGUGUGCGAUACAACAAAUAAUAGGUCAAUAAUAUAAAUAUGAAAUGUUAAUGUGAAGUACAGCUACAAAA